GUGCACUUUACGGCAGCGAGGAACUGAAGGGAAAGAAACGGGGAACGUAGAGGCGAGCCAUAUGACAGUAAUAUAAAUAUUUGACAUUUUUUAUAGAGUUAUUUCUACUGAAUCUACAGGCUCGUUCAGAUCUCCCUCUCCACAGCGAUCACAUAUUCUUUCGUAUUUUUCGUCCUUUUUUUCCCCCUGAAUGAGGUGGGAUGGCUGAAUUGCCGCCUGGGCCUAGUAGCGCAUUGUCUGCGUCCCCGGCUGAAAUUAUUCCCUUCACCGGGGGUGGGUGCGCCGUACCCGGGGAAGGAGAUAAAAGGGACUGCGGACGAGGAAAUACAGUGAUCCCCGUGACAGGACUAGUAAGUGGUGGGAAGGGGGCAAACAAAACUACCCAGAACCAUUUGUUCUCACACUCGUCAGGUUCCUUCUUCAAUACACAACCGCAACAGCAGCAAUUCAACGGCGUUCCCAGUUCCGCUGAAGACGGCCUUCAACUCAGCAACCUCAGUCACCUCCACCACCCAUCUCAUAGACAACCCGACAACCAGAGAGGAGGACCCGGAGAGCACUGUGAUGGUAGAGGCGAGGCCGAGGAACGCGCACCACAGAACAAUAACCUAAGCGACAAAAACCGUAGCGACUCCAGACAGGAACAUAACCAGUGUUCAAAAAAUAACUGUUCACAUUCUAACAACAACUGUAUAAACAGUAUGUUGACCUUGUCUAGAACUGAAGCGAACUGCGGUCGGCUAGUUAACGAGGUUGAUGGCACGGGCUACCACGCCAGGACUGAGCCCCGGCCUUCCCUUGGUGAUCCACCGGACGGGGAUAGCCUCGGAAUGCCGGUGUCUGGAGGGGCACCUGAUACUUCACAUGCACCGGUGGUGGAAAUGGAGAGGCUAGAUCUGAAUUCCUUCCCUGACAGAGGAGAGGGGGAAGACGACGACAUCCAGUACGCACGAUAUGAAUCCGAGUUGCAGAUGCCGGACAUUAUGAGACUGAUUACCAAGGAUUUGUCGGAGCCCUAUUCCAUUUACACCUAUCGGUACUUUAUCCACAACUGGCCCCAGCUGUGCUUUUUGGCCAUGGUGCAGCAAGAGUGUGUUGGCGCCAUUGUCUGUAAGCUGGACAUGCACAAGAAGAUGUUUCGGCGUGGAUACAUCGCCAUGCUUGCAGUGGACUCCAAGUACCGCAGGAAAAGCAUCGGCACCAAUCUGGUGAAGAAAGCCAUCUAUGCCAUGGUGGAAGGAGACUGCGAUGAGGUGGUGCUGGAAACCGAGAUCACCAACAAGCCGGCAUUGAAACUCUACGAGAACCUGGGCUUCGUGAGGGACAAACGGCUCUUCCGAUACUAUUUGAACGGGGUGGACGCCCUGCGGCUCAAACUCUGGCUUCGCUAGCCCGCCUCCCCUCUUCCCAUUCUAACUCCAGCCAGGAAACCGGUUUGAGGAACGGGCCUCUUCUGAACAAUUAAGAAAAGGCAAGCCAACAUGGAGGUGCGUUUUAAAAAAAGGAUAGUUUGUGUUCGGAGAGAGGGAGGUUGAGUUAAGCGAA